AUGGAUGCUCCCAAUAUAGGCCCGAGAGGCGGGUCAGUUCGAUCAUGUCUUGCUUGCAAAAGACGGAAAAUCAGGUGCGACAGAGAACAGCCCUGUACUUAUUGCACCAAACUGCGUCUGCAAUGCGUUUACCCAAUCCCUCCCCAAGAAGGGAGAAGGGCGCCGGAAAACAUAUUACUCUCGAGACUUAAAGCCAUCGAGACCUCACUCCACCGACUGGAAUCGAAAGUGAACCAGGACUCCAGUCCGCAGCCAUCUGAACACGCACUGCAAUCAAAGACUGUCGACCGCUACCCGGAGCCGCUUUCAAGUCUGACACCAGCGUCGGAUCUGAGGAGCGGCAGACUCGUCUGCGAGGAUGGGGAUACGCGAUACGUUACAAGCGGUUUUUGGCCCGGCCUCGACAAUGUCGACGAGGAUGAAUCUGCGAAACCAUCCAACAAGUCUCUAAUCUCGCCGCCCGCGACCGACCCCCCAACGCAACAUCGAGCGCCUGUAUUUGACUCCACGACCAGACCGAAGGACCUACAUCUAAGUCACCCAACAGGCAACAAUGUUUUCGCCCUGUGGCAGGUAUUCGUGGAAAAUGUCGACCCAGUCUUCAAAAUCCUUCACGUUCCCACGACCCAGCGACAGAUCCUCAGAGCCAGCCAAGAUCCGACUCAAAUUCCCCCUGCAUUCGAAAGUCUUAUGUUCGCCGUCUACUAUGCUGCCAUUACAAGUAUACAAUCUUCAUCGUAUCUCCAAAAUUUGUUCCAAGAAGAACGGCAGUCGCUGCUCGACCGCUAUCGGCAUGGAGUGGAGCGCUCACUCGAAACAGCAAACUUCAUGAGUACACCCGACGUAAAUACACUGCAGGCCUUGACAAUAUUUCUCACCUGUGCUCGACAGACGUUGGACAAGACCUACAUAUGGUCCAUGACUGGAUUACUUAUCCGACUUGCCAUGAAGUUGGGGCUGCAUCGUGACCCUGUCUUCUUGGAGGUACCCUCGUUCUGGGCAGAAAUGCGCCGCAGACUGUGGUGGUGUAUUGCUACACUCGAUGUGAGAACGGCGGAAGAAAAUGAUAUGGAUCCUUUUAUCUGCGAGCACAUGUUCGACACCAAGUUUCCUGCCAAUGUCAACGACGCCGAUCUACACUUAAACAUGACGGAGCCUGCACCGAACCUCCCACGACACACCGAGAUGUUAUACAGUCUCAUCCGCUUCGAGGGGAGUUAUGCUGCGCGAAAGUUGGUGUUUUCGCCAAAAUUCGCGGCCGACAAUCAAUAUCCCGCCUUUUCACUUCCGGAAAAGAAUGACUUUAUCGAAUCAUUGUUAAAGGAUUUCGAUCACCGAUAUCUAAGACACUGCGAUACCAGAAUCCCAAUCUGUCUCCUUAGUGUUACAUCUAUACGAAUCGUCCUGGCCAAGGUUAAGCUUACCAUCAACCAUCCGGCUUGCAAUAACGCCGUCCCGCUCUCUAAUGCUCAACUGCGCGACCUCACCCAAAGUAGCGUUGAAAUCAUUGAAUAUGCCCACAUGUUGCGAACAAACGACAAUUACUCACGAUGGAUCUGGCUUUUCCAGAAGUACAUUGAGUGGGAUGCAGUUGCCUUUCUUCUACACAGUCUCACCACUUCACGGCUGCCCGACCUCCUAGAUCGAGCCUGGAGGGCCGUCGACACCUUCUUCGAUACAUGGGAAGACCGGGUUCCCGAAGGCGACCGUCGCUGGCCAAGAUUGAAGAGUCUCAGAGCCAAGGCUCUCUCCAAGCAAUGCCCUCCUGCGGCGUCUUCCUCCAGUCCUGGCCACCCUGCCGAGGCCAUCAUCAAACACAACCGAACCGCGCUCUUUCUUUCCUACCGACCGUCAAGAAUACUCGCAAAUGCCACCGCAACUGCUAGGGCAGGCAUUCGACCCAGCCCCAGGAACUGA